GCUACUUGUAUUAGUACAAGUAUUGUUUAUAUUGAAUGACAUUUUCAGUAUACAGCCAGUCUGUGAUCCAGUUCCAUUGUUUCCAACGAGCUCAGUGGAAUCCAUUUCCACAUUUUCCCUCCUCCUCUUCCAGGAGGUCACUCCGUGUGGAGGACAGGAAGAAGUCAGCUCAGCUGUUGUAAAACAAUGUUUUAAAUUCACAACUGAAAUUGGGACGUUGAAGCAGCAAACCGAUGAGCAGCGGAGUGUGUCGGAGAGUCCUGCGGGCAGCCGGCUCCUGGCCUGCAGCCUCCUCCUCGGCCAGCCGGAGCUGGAUCACGUCCUCCGUCUGCAGACUGCGGUGUGAACCCCGCAGAGGGAUGUCGGCGUCGGGCGGCAAAGGCACCAUGAACGUGUUCAACCGGGAGAUGAAGAAGAGGCAGAAGAACUGGGCAGCGUCGCUGCAGGACGGAGACCAGUACGACUACCUGAGGGACGAGGUUGGCAGUCGAGUGGCAGAUCGGGUCUAUGACAUUACGAGGACGUUUCCUCUGGCUCUGGACAUCGGCGGUGGAAAAAGUCACAUUGCAGAGCAUAUAAGCAAGGAUGUCGUGGAGCGCUUGUUCCUCACAGACAUCUCGGAGAAAGCUCUGAAACAAACGAGACGGGGUGAAAUCCCGACUCAUCACGUUCUUGCGGACGAGGAGUUUCUGCCGUUUAAAGAAAACACCUUUGACCUGGUGGUGAGCAGCUUGAGUCUGCACUGGAUCAACGACCUGCCUGGAGCUCUCAAACAGAUCAACCAGGUGCUGAAGCCGGACGGGGUGUUCAUCGGGGCGAUGGUGGGCGGGGAGACCCUCUACGAGCUGCGGUGCUCCCUCCAGCUCGCCGAGAUCGAGAGGGAGGGAGGCUUCUCCCCCCACAUCUCCCCCUACACCGCCGUCACAGACCUGGGCAACCUGCUGGGCCGGGCCGGCUUCACCAUGCUCACUGUGGACAUUGAUGAAGUUCAGGUUCAGUAUCCAGGAAUCAUUGAAGUCAUGACCGACCUUCAAGGCAUGGGUGAGAGUAACUGUGCCUGGAACAGGAGAUCGCUGCUGCACAGAGACGCCAUAUUAGCAGCAGCAGCCAUUUAUAAAGAGAUGUACGGUAACGAGGACGGGUCCAUCCCGGCCACCUUCGAGAUCCUCUACAUGAUUGGCUGGAAGCCUCAUGAGUCUCAGGCCAAACCAGCAAAGCGAGGCUCAGCCAGCGUGUCGUUUGGGGAUUUGUCAAAGAUCAGCCAGCCAACCAACACAAACAAGUCAUAGAACCACCUGAGCCAAUAAACAGUUGACAUACUGCAGAUUGUAAAUAAUAUAUUUUAUUUAAACAACUAUGUUUUGUUGCCGAAUUAAAAGCCUAGGUAGAUGUGUUGUUAUAAUAUUCUCUGGAAUAAAAUGAGCAAUGAAGAAAACAAUGCAUCAUGAGAACGUUAUUCCCUGGAACAGGAAGUUCACUUUUAGAAAUCCACAGCAAAUGAGAUAAUUUAAAAACAAACACUGAUUCAUUCACCCACACAGCAGAUGAUACUCAAGAAUUUAAAACAACUUAAAAAACACAACUAGAAAAUUGCCCGCAAUAAAGUGUAGAAUCAGUUGCUGCUAAAGUGUCAUAUGAAAGGCUUCAAAUACAUGUAUUGGGACACAUCUUAACCAGAAGUUGCUAAAACAUGUUGAC